GUAAUAUUAGGAUUAGAAAAAGGAGGAGAUUGAUGAGAAACACGAGAGUCCCUCUUGCCGUGUUGAAAGAAAAGCCAAAAGAAACAAAGCCCACGCGAAAGAACAAGAGAAGAGCAAGGAAACAAGGAACCACAAUAAGAGGGGCUCUCCCUCUCCCAUUUGGACUCAUUCGUUUUGAUCGCAUCUCCUUUUCUCUCCCAUAAAAAGCAUUUAGGUGAAGCAAAGGUAACUACUACUAAAACAUAAAAAGUUUCUUAGUGUGGUGUAGCAUGGUCAUGUUGGUGUUCUUCAUAAUGGGUUAAGGUUGGCUUCUUCUUCUCCAACAUAAAAGAAGAAAGAAAAAGAUUCAUUCUUCUCUCUCGAGAAUCAAAUAAAGUUUCUUUCUUGUCUUUGAAUACUUGUCUUCACUUGUUGAUAUUUCCAUAGUUUGGGGCAUCUUCUUCUCAUUCAUGCUGUUUAUGUGUUUGCCUUAAUUAGGCCUUCCCUUUCUCAACACUCUCUUUUACCAAUCAAAAUCCCUUCUAUAUAUAUAUAUAUACAUAUCUUUCUGUUUUGAUCAUUCUUCAAUGGCUGUUCAAGCUCAAUACCCAUCUAACGCUCACCUCUUUAACAGAGCUGUGCAAGAACGAAAGAACCCACUUGGCAACGAUGAUUAUUCGUUGCAACCUCAACCUGGUGGAGGAUCAAUUCUUGAUCACACACAAAUGCUAUUCAAUCCAGGAGCUGGCUCUUAUCAUGCGUGUAAGAGAAGAAGAGAAGUUAGCACCACCACUGCAAUGAAUCCGUCAAUGCAAUCUCAGCCGCAGCUGAUUGACCUCACUCAGCUUCAUACAAAUCCGCAGCAACCAAAUGUUGUCUCCACCGGCCUCCGUUUAGCUUCCGGAGAACAGUUACAACAACAGCAUCAGCAACACCAAUUACAUCAACAGUAUCAGAAGCAGCAACAACAAAACCAACACUCUCUUUCUCCUCAAUCUUCUCAAUCAUCAGCUUUCUAUUCCAUAUUCACAGAAGACAUAUCUACUAUAAUCAAACAACACCGCGAUGAAAUAGAACAAUUCCUCCAUGUUCAGAGAGAACAAUUAAGACGGACAUUAGAGGAUAAAAGGCGAACACACUAUCGUGCUCUGAUUGGAACCGCCAAGGAAUCAAUGGCACGGCAGCUGAAGGAAAAGGAAGCCGAGGUUGGAAAAGCGGUUAGGCACAACGCCGAGUUAGAGGCGCGUGCAGCGCAGCUGAGUGCAGAGGCGCAAGCCUGGCAGGCAAGGGCUAGGGCAGAGGAAUUCACCGCAGCAACGCUACAGGCACAGCUGCAGCAGGCGAUGAUGAACGGCGGAGGGUGCAAUGCGAACCUCCCGGACGGAGACAUCGCCGGCGCCGGCGAAGCUGAGGAUGCUGAAUCGGCCUACAUCGAUCCGGAUCGAGUCGUGGAGUCAACCGGGCCGAGUUGCAAGGCUUGCCGGAAGCGAGCUGCAUCGGUGGUGCUUUUGCCGUGCCGGCAUUUGUGUGUGUGUACAGAUUGUGACGCUGUGGUACAAGCAUGUCCACUCUGUCUCUCCAUUAGAAGCUCAAGUGUUGAAGUCUUCCUGUGUUAGAAAAGCCCAAUCUUUGGCCCAUUUAUUUGCAGCCCAGGCCCAAAUAUCAUGAACUAAGAAAAAGAUUUAUUAACUAUUGUAUUCAUGGUACUUUUAAGUAAAAAAAAAAAAUGAAUAUAAAAGAAAAGAUAAAAAAAUAAAUUAUAUAUCUCUUUAUUCAAAA